AUGCCUGGUGUCUCGCGCCGCAAGAACCGGAUCGUCUCCCGCCGCAGAGGCAAAAAGGAGGAUGAAGAUGAGGAGCUGGGCGUUGAGGAAGAUUCCUUUACUGACGACUCGGGAAUCAGUGACGAUGAUGCUGCGACGGAGGGAUCGCUGACUGAUGAUGAGGGCGACGAGGCGGACGAAGGGGGCCCGGUGGUGGUCAACGGCGCCGGGGAUCAGCAGCAGCAACAGCAGGCAAAGGGGAAUGGGAAAUCUGUCCUUAUCAUUGGGAAGGCGCUGAAGGGCACCAAGGUGCAUGCGGAGGAGGAGGAUGAGGAAGGAGAGGGAGAGGAGGGUGCUACGGAAACGACGCCACAGGACCAGGAAGGCACGGAGGAGGAGGCGCCCCAGGAUGGGAAGACACCGGAGAAGCCCCAGGAUAAGAGGCGUGGGGACCACGAGGAUUACAAGAAGCGCAGGGACGCUGACCCAACGUUUGUACCCAACAGAGGAGGGUUCUACCUACAUGACCAUAGGCAUGCGGAAGGGAGCAAUGGGUUCAGGCCUUUCAGAGGCGGUGCAAGAGGUGGCAGAGGAAGGUACUCUGGUGACUUUGCUCCUCAGCCAACACCUUUAGAGCAGCAGUGGCAACACGAUAUGCACGAGGAGGUACACCAGGAAUCCUUUGUUGGAAACCGCCAACGCGGAGGUGGAGACACACCGCGGUCCUUUGGACGGACGGUUUAUAAAGGAACCGUGCAGAUCCAGGUGCAUCUUCCAGAGAUGAAGGAUCCCAUAGUCUUUAGUGAGGUUCCUUCAAAGGUUUACACAAGGCUCCCGUACCACCGGCCUCCGCUGCGGAGAGAUAAGCCAGUCAGAAUUGCUCUUCCAGAUGCUCCUGUACGGUACAUCUAUCCGAGUCCUACAAGGUCGUUCAUCUUUAUCCCCAGAGCUAUGAGGCCUGGGGCCAGGGAAGAAGUGUCUACGGAGGUUCCACUGGCUAUUCGCCUUCAGUGGGCAGCAGGUCAGGUUACGCAUCAGCAUCAGCAGCACCCACAUCCUCAGCAGUUGCAGCAGCAACAGCAACGGCAACAGCAACAGCAACAGCAACAGCAGCCGUCGCCACAAAGCCAAUCCCAGGCCCCAAACGCUGUUGUUGACGCAUCUUCGUCGAGGCCUUUGGAAGAGACUCCAACAAGGCCUAUCGUCAAGCUUCCAGGUGGACCUGGUACGCCUAAAAUGCCAGCAGCGCAGCAACAGCAACAGCAGCAGCAGCAGCAGCAGCAGCAAACGCCAGCAGCAGCACCUCAAAACACAGGCCAAGCCCCGGCUCAGGCGCUCACUCCCAAGGUGGUACCCCAGCACCCACCGCCAUCUUACACCCCGUCAGUGAACCCUAUUCCAUACCGUGAGCAUAGGGCUACACCAAAGAUCCCUAUGCAUCAGCCACGCCCUCAAAAGGCUGUUAAUGUUGCUGAGAUUGAUUCGCCGGCAGUUAUGCAUUACCAGGGAUACAAUGGCGUCUAUCCUGAGAAUAUCCCCACUCCCAAUCUCCCACACAACAUGUACGCCCAUUCUAGGCAUCCGUCCUACCCUUCGCAGACAUCGGGAACACCACUCUCGCACAUCCCGGAAGGCGCUGUCCACGCUAGAUCUUUCCACCCAUCCCAAUAUCCACCACAAGGAGGCUACUACCCAUACCCCCAGCAGCCAAUGAUACACCCAAUGCCCCACCAGCAGCCAAUGCACCAUGAUCCCCGGACUUUUGUCCCCCCACCACCCCCGUAUGUUCCUUCUGGCCCCUCGCCCAUGCCAAAUGGGGCUCCCGGCCAUUAUGUCAUGCACCCUGUCCAACCGCAUCAACCCCAGCCCCCUGUGCCAUCCGCCACACCUUCUGGCCCUACUACGAUUGCUCAGGAGAGUAACGGAAUGGUCUUCUACUCGACUGUUCCAAACGUUCCAGCGUGGGACCCGAACCAGUACUACUAUCCCCCAGCGGUCACCCCAGCGCCGGAUGGCUCCGUGAAUGGUGUGCCCACGAACGGGGCGGUGUACUAUUAUCCUCCGGGUCCUCCUCCUCAGCAGCAAGGCGUCUACUAUGCUCAGUAG